AUGGAUCCCCUCCGGCCUAGUGACUCGGCCGCAAACCGCGGUCCGCGCUCAAACACCCGCAAGCGCUCAAGAGAGCCAGAUGACAUGUCCUCUCCCGCUGCGUUGCCCCCCUCCAGUCCCACCGCCCUCGGUUCAUCUCCUCCCCCAAUGCCAUUCGAUGAGGACGACGAGGAAGAUGAGGGAGCUGAUAUGAUCCCCGAUAUUGACGAUGUGGAUGAGCUUGCAGAGGAUGAGGAUGGCAUUGACCUGUUCGGCGAUAAUUUUGAGCGGGAUUACCACGACGGACAAGAUCAGUACGAAAACGAUGGCUAUAUUGAUGAUGAUGGAGACCAUGAGGAACUCGACGCUGCCACUCGUCGCCAGCUGGAUUCUCGCUUGAACCAAAGAGAUCGGGAAUUGGCUCGUCGCCGCCAAAUGCCCGCUGCCUUCCUGCACGAUGACGAUGACCUGGAAAUGGAUCUGUCACGCCAACCCCGACGUCGACGACACCACUACGAUGAAGAUCGUGAAGAUAUCGACAUGGCUGACGAGGGUAUGGAGGAGCUGUCACUAGAGGAGUUGGCCGAUGUAAAAGCCGCCAACAUCACCGACUGGGUCACGCAGCCUCAGGUCCUACGCUCGAUUUACCGAGAGUUCAAGGCUUUCUUGACAGAGUUCAUUGACCCCAGUGGUCAGUCCGUAUACGGUAACCGCAUCAAAACUCUUGGUGAGGUCAACUCCGCUUCCCUGGAGGUUUCAUACGCCCAUCUGAGUGAGACCAAGGCCGCACUGUCAUACUUCCUUGCCAACGAGCCUACUGAGAUCCUCAAGGUCUUCGAUCAGGUUGCGCUCGAUGUCACCCUCUUCCACUACCCUCAGUACCAUGAUAUUCACAACGAGAUUCACGUGCGCAUCACCGACGUGCCCAUUAUCUAUACCCUCCGCCAAUUACGUCAGUCUCACCUCAAUUGCCUGGUCCGUGUUGGUGGUGUGGUCACCCGUCGUACUGGUGUCUUCCCGCAGUUGAAGUUCGUCAUGUUCCUUUGCCAAAAGUGUGGUAUCACUUUGGGUCCUUUCCAGCAAGAGUCCAGCUCUGAAGUGAAGAUCUCCUUCUGUCAGAACUGCCAAUCUCGUGGUCCCUUCACUGUCAACAACGAGAAGACAGUCUACCGGAACUACCAGAAAUUGACCCUGCAGGAGUCUCCUGGCACUGUCCCCGCUGGUCGUUUGCCUCGCCAGCGCGAGGUCAUCUUGUUAGCUGACUUGAUUGACACAGCCAAGCCUGGUGAUGAGAUCGAAAUCACUGGUAUCUACCGUAACAGCUACGAUGCCCAGUUGAACAACAAGAACGGUUUCCCCGUUUUCGCCACUAUCAUCGAAGCCAACCAGGUAGUCAAAUCUCAUGAUCAGCUGGCUGGUUUCCGUUUGACAGAGGAGGAUGAACGUGAGAUCCGCGCACUUUCCCGCGAGCCUGACAUCGUUGACCGUAUUGUUCGGUCCAUGGCACCCAGUAUCUACGGUCACCACGAUGUCAAGACCGCCGUGGCCCUUUCUCUCUUCGGUGGUGUCAGCAAGCAGGCCCAGGGUAAAAUGAAUAUUCGUGGUGACAUCAAUGUCCUGCUGCUCGGUGACCCCGGUACUGCUAAGUCUCAGGUGCUCAAGUACGUGGAGAAGACAGCACACCGAGCUGUUUUCGCUACCGGUCAAGGUGCCAGUGCUGUUGGUUUGACGGCCAGCGUUCGUCGCGACCCGCUCACCAGCGAGUGGACCUUGGAAGGUGGUGCGCUUGUGCUCGCUGACCGCGGUACUUGUCUGAUCGACGAGUUCGACAAGAUGAAUGACCAGGACCGGACAUCCAUCCACGAAGCCAUGGAACAGCAGACCAUUUCCAUCUCCAAGGCCGGUAUCGUGACCACCCUGCAGGCUCGCUGUGCAGUGGUCGCCGCUGCCAAUCCCCAGGGUGGUCGGUACAAUGCUACCAAGCCCUUGUCACAGAACGUGGAGCUCACCGAGCCUAUCCUGUCCCGUUUCGAUAUCUUGUGUGUGGUACGCGACUUGGUCGAACCCAGCGAGGACGAGCGCUUGGCCAACUUUGUGAUCGAGUCUCACCACCGCGCCAACCCCGCCCGGCCCCUUCGCAACGACCAGAAUCAGUUAGUUGACGCAGAUGGUCACCUUAUUAAUGAGGAUGGUUACCGCAUCAACGAGCAAGGCCAGAUCCUUCCUCCCACACAAGAAGAGAUUGCCCAGCGUGCUGCUGAACAGAAGCAGUCUGAGGAAGAAAAGGAGGGCGAGAUUCCGCAAGAGCUCUUGCGCAAGUACAUUCUUUACGCUCGUGAGCGAUGCCACCCCAAGCUGUACCAGAUCGACCAGGACAAGGUCGCCCGUUUGUUCGCAGACAUGCGUCGCGAGUCCCUGGCCACUGGUGCCUACCCUAUCACUGUCCGUCACCUUGAAGCUAUCAUGCGUAUCGCCGAGGCUUUCUGCAAGAUGCGCCUGUCAGAGUACUGCUCUUCUCAGGAUAUUGACCGUGCCAUCGCUGUCACCGUCGAGUCUUUCGUUGGUAGCCAGAAGAUCAGCUGCAAGAAGGCGCUCUCCCGUGCAUUUGCCAAGUACACAUUGGCCCGUCCCAAGCCGUCCAAGCGUCGCGCCGGUGUCCCCGUGCCCAACCCACAUUUGCCACGGAAUGCGUCCACCGUGCGGUAA